AUGAAGAAUGAUACUAAGAAAGCCAAACAAGUAGUAGUGGAUGAUGAUGGGUUUACCGUGGAUAAGAGGAAGAUGGCUCGAGUGGGUGUUGUCCCAAAGAAACAAAAGCAGAAAUUUAUAUAUAAGCCUAAGUCUAAUAAAUCGGACCCGAGCACAUCAGGUACAAAGGAGGUAAAUGGUAACAUGAAGAAGGUGGAUAGUGUUAAAUCUCGUAAUUCCUUUGAAGCUUUAUCGGAAAUUGGUGAGCAAGAGCUGAAAGAUGGCAAUGUGGUGAACAAGAACGUGACUAAUAAUACUGGGCAACAAUCUGAGAGGGAUGACGAGGUGGAGGAGAUUAUUCCGACGGAGAUGGCAAACUUUAUGAAGAAUGCUAGUCAUGAUCAGGUUUCUGAGGGGGCAAGCACUCCCGGUCAAAACGAAUCUCAUGUGAAUGCUACCAAUCUGGCUAGUGUGUGUAACAAAGUUUUUAGACGGUGGAGCUGGACGUCAAACGGAGGUUUAUGUCAGCGGGGUGCAAGAAUCAUUCUUGGUUGGAAUAAUGAGCUGGUGGACGUAAUGGUUUUAGCGCAAAAUGAGCAGGUCAUUCUUACUCAAAUUUGGUCUAAAGUUGAUAAUACGAAUGUUUUCUGUUCUUUUGUUUACGCGAAGAACACUUACCAAGAUCGUCGGGGCCUGUGGGAAGAUUUGUGCCGGCAUAAGCUAUUGUGUUCGGACAAAGCUUGGUACGUUAUGGGGGACUUUAAUUCAGCUUUGCAUGCUGAUGACUCGUCUUUUGGGACGUCUAGUCAAUCGAUAGGUAUGCGGGAAUUUUAUGAGUGUGUGCAACAGUCGGAGCUUGUUGAUGUAAAAGGGCAUGGAAUUCAUUUCACGUGGAAUCAGAAGCCGAGAGAAGGUAUUGGUUUGCUUAGGAAAAUUGAUCGGGUUAUGUGCAAUAUCAAGGAUCUGGAGAUGUUUCCGGAUGCCUUUGUUAUCUUUCAUCCAUCCCGAGUUUCCGAUCACACCCAUUGUAUCUUGAAGCUGAAUAAGGUGAACUCCUCCUUCAAGCCGAAGCCGUUUAAAUUCGCAAAUUUUAUAGCAUCCAAACCUGAGUUCAAAGUUUGUGUGGAGCGUGAAUGGGCUAAAUCUAUUGCUGGUUGUACUAUGUUCUCGGUGACCAAUAAGCUGCUCAAAUGCAAAAACAACCGAAGUAAAAUUCAUUGUAUUCGGGAUGUAGCAGGAAAUCGGUUUGAAGGUGAAGAGGCGGUGGCUGCUCUUGUCAAUCAUUACGCGAUUUUUUUGGGCACGGAGGAUCAGGUGUCGAACAUCUAUAACUCAGAUGUUUUCGUUAAUGUGGUAGACCAAAAUGAUGCGAAUAGUAUGGUUAGACAAGUUACUCGUGAAGAGGUGAAAAAGGCCAUGUUCAGUAUAAGUGAAACUAAAGCUGACGGGUAUACUUCGGCUUUCUUUAAGCAUGCUUGGGAAAUAGUGGGUAAUGAGAUAACGGAUGCGGUUUUGGAGUUUUUUGACAAUGGUCAAAUGCUGAAACAAGUAAAUCAUACUAUCUUAGCUCUCAUUCCCAAAGUGGAGACGCCAGACUCGGUUCUAGAUUACCGACCUAUAUCUUGCUGCAACGUGCUCUAUAAAUGUAUCAGUAAGAUCAUUACGGACAGAUUAAAGGGCAGUUUGGAGUCGCUGGUCAGCAUUAAUCAGUCUGCUUUUGUUCCAGGUAGGCGGAUAUCUGAUAAUAUUCUCUUAACGCAAGAAUUGAUGCACAAUUAUCACUUAAAUAAAGGCCCUCCUAGAUGUGCUUUCAAGAUAGACAUUCAAAAGGCAUAUGACACGGUGAGCUGGUCGUUUUUGGAGAGGAUUCUUUUUCAAUUUGGCUUGCAUAAGAAAAUGGUGAAGUGGAUAAUGUCGUGCGUCACCACGGCAACAUAUUCUUUGAGCAUUAACGGCAACCUUCACGGUUUCUUUAAAGGGAAACGGGGUUUGCGUCAAGGGGAUCCCAUGUCCCCGUAUUUGUUCACUCUUGUUAUGGAGGUGCUCACUUUAGGUCUUCAGAAGGCCGCUAGUGCAAGCUCGUUGUUCCAAUACCAUGCUCAUUGUAAGAAACAAAAGAUAAUAAACGUAUCGUUUGCUGAUGAUUUGUUUAUUUUUGUGCAUGGAAGUACCUAUUCGGUUAGCAAGAUCAAGACCGCUCUGGAGGAUUUCACGAGAAUGUCGGGGCUGGUUCCGAGCCUUGCAAAAAGCACGGUGUUUUUCUGUAACGUGCCGCAGCAUAUUCGACAGGAAAUUCUAAAUAUUAUGCCUUUCCAGGAAGGUUCCUUGCCUGUUCGAUACCUAGGUGUGCCGUUGAUCUCAUCAAAGUUGACCGCUAGCCAUUGUAAAGUCCUAGUUGACCGAAUGGACAAAAAGAUCAACAAUUGGAUGACAAAAACUCUAUCUUUUGCGGGAAGGCUUCAGCUUAUCAACUCGGUUCUUUCAGCAAUGCAUAUCUACUGGGCCUCAGUUUUUAUUAUCCCGGCUCGUGUCAUAAAUGACCUGGAGAAACGUUUGCGUCGCUUCCUCUGGAAUGCGGGUAAUAUUGGUAAGGUUAAAGCUAAGGUUGCGUGGAAUGAUGUCUGUCUACCGAAACAGGAGGGUGGCUUAGGCAUUAGGCGGGUUGGGGAUGUAAACAGAGCCCUAAUCACUAACCAUAUCUGGAGCAUUCUGGUAAACCGCAAGUCAUUAUGGGUGCAAUGGAUCUAUGAUUAUAAAGUGAAGGAUCAGAAUUUCUGGGAGAUUCAAGGUAGGGGUAGUAUGAGCUGGGGGUGGAGGAAGAUUCUAUCCAUUCGCAACAUUGUUCGGCCUUUCGUUUGGAAAGUCAUUCGGUCUGGAAGGCAAACAAAUGCUUGGAGUGACAACCGGUGUCACUUGAGUCCUCUUAGGGCGAUGAUAACUCCAAGACGAAUUGCAAAUGCGGGUUUUAAUCUCAGUUCUUCGGUUGCGGAUUUGCUUGACAGCAAUGGUCAAUGGAAUUGGCCUCAAGCGUGGUAUGAUCUCUAUCCAGUUUUGAUUGGGUUGAGCCUUGAUAUGCCUAGUCCUCAGUUACAGGAUCUAACGUUUUGGAAGGAUUUGGAGGGCAAUCAGCGACAUUUUAGCUCGUUGGAAGUCUGGAUGAACGUAAGGGCUAUGGUUGAUAUGGAUACCGUUACUGGAUCUUGGGCUUCAAUUUUGGAGUGGAUGGAGCAGCACUCGAAUUCAAAUACCUUAGAUCGUGUGGUAUGUAAGUUGGUGGUAGCGGCUACGACGUAUUUUAUUUGGCAAGAACGCAAUAACAGGCUCUUCAACAGAAUUCAUGGUUCGGUGAGUCAGGUUGCCGAGAAGAUUAAACACACAGUCCAGCUUCGGUUGAUGGAUUUCAAGCUUCAAAAGCAUGUGGAUUACAACAGAGUUGUGACGAGGUGGCAGAUCCCAGCAAGGGCGCUGAAUGAAGACCCGGGUUAA